CCCGCACGCUCGUCGCUCGCAGUCGCACCGGUCGCACGCAGUACGCAGUACGCAUCAGUACUCUGUCGGUCGCAGUCAGUAGUGGUCGGUUCCUCGGGGGCGAGACACGUGACACGUGCGUCCGUGCGAUUUCCGAAAAAGCUCUCGCGCGAAAGCUCGCAUCGAAUCUGCUACGGGGCCGUCGCGUCGUAGCGCGACGGAUCAUGUGCGGCAUGUUACCCACACUGGAAGAGAAUUCUCUGUUUCCGUUCAAUCCCAGUUUGGACGAUGAGAUUAAACGGCUCUUCGACGUCACCCCCAACAAGAGGCCUAUGCCGAAAGUUGAAGAGAUAAUGGAAGACUUUCGACACAAUGGUCGCGACUUUGAAUAUUGCCCAGAUGUGGACACAGACAUGUCGAAACAGACUGCAUCACGGCGAAAGAAAAACAAAAAGCCCUUGCCAACGGAGUGCGUGUUCUGCAGAAAUAACGGUGAAGAAGAGACGUACUAUCGGGAGCACUUGCUGAAAGAUGUCGACGGACGUGUUCGGUGUCCUGUUCUCAGGGCUUAUACGUGUCCUAUCUGUGGCGCGACCGGUGACGAGGCACACACGGUUAAAUACUGUCCGAAGGGACCGUAUAAUCCCAAUACCAUAACCACACCAAAUGCCUUUAAGCUCUUGAGGAACUCCAUGGGCAAACGUCGUAGCAAGCGAGAAUUUUAUUAGGAAGAAGUCCGAAACAAGCUAUCUUUCGCAUGUCGAUAUCAACUGGUAAUAGAGGCUAUCCCCGCAUUCGUCCAAGUACCAACAAGUCAAUCUAGUUCUCUAGGUUAUCGUAUACAAUGUUUCUCUUCUCGUACUUGACAUUUACAUUUGUCUGUAAACGUGAAUACUGACAACCGACGUGAUCUCGCACCCUCACGAAUACGCUGUAACACUGGUUCUAAAUCGAGAUCGAAAUUUGACUUUAUUAGUUGUUUCGCUAUCUCGCAUUUUUUUUAUUUUUAUAUCCUUUAUAUCUUUAACAUAACCCGUGAUGUAAUCUACUUCUUGCAUUCUUCCUAUUUGCAGUCUAAUUUAUAAUGCAAAAAUUGCACUGAUAAAAUGAAUGUCGAUUUAGAACGAAAGCUGUGUAUCUCGAGAGUCGCAUGAUUGAGUCGAUUCAGCGAUUAUAUAUACAUUGUGUUUAUUGCGACAUGUCUUUAAGGGUUAAUCGCGAUUUUUGUUUGAAUGAUAGAAACGUGUAGAGAUUAAACGUAUAGAGGGAAAUAUUAUACCAACUCGGUUUAGGUAUUACGUCCUCGACAGGCAACAAUUUUUUCAAGAUAUUUAAUAUCUUAAUUGCGAUAUUUAAUAUCCGAUUGUUUGUUAGACGAUUAUGCAGAAACGUAUUUGGACACUUUCGUGAUUUCUUAGAUAAGGAGACUGCAUUCCAAAGAUUCUCAGUACAAGUCUGAACGGUCUGCGAUAAGAACAGGGUAGAUUUAUAAAUCGCCAGAUCCAUUUUUAAGUAUUUACGGAUUUAUAUUUGAAAAGGGCUACACGAGUUAUGAACGUAUCACAUUUUGGACAUAACUCACAUUUAUAUUCCAUUUAUGACAUCCUACUGUUGGAUUUUAUUUGUCGAGAAUAUCAAUACGAUGAUUGACGUGAUUCAGCGUAAGAGAAACUCGUUAGAACUUAUAUUUUGGACGUAUAUGAAAAUAUGGUUUGGCACUUCCGUUAACUUUUGAAGAACUCGAUAUUUUUGACCGUGUAUUCUAUGACCGGAUAUAAUUCAUCAAGGAAUAUAGGAUUGCAUUCCUUUCUGUGCAAUGCAGCAUUUACAAUACCGACAGCUUGACUUCGGAGACGUAUUCGAACGAAAAUCUUGUACAAAAUUUAUUCAUUGCACGCAUACAGAUGAGAAAGAAAAUCACGUUUCUUAAUUUGCUUUGACAUUCGAAAUGACAAUGAUUUUUUAAAGAGAAAAAAGAAAUCUUAUAGCCUAGACAUUUUAGUCUCAGCAUUAGUCUCUUAUUUUCCAUUUGAAAAUUUAUUUCCUCGUAGCACAAAACUUUUGCAAUCAGGACACACGCACAUCUUUAUUUUUAUUUAUUUUUAUUUAUUUUUCAUUACGGCGUUCAGCGGAACGUUUCGUGACAAUUGUGUGAUUUACGUCAUGAUUGCAUCUUACUUCGCGAAUUGUUAUUAAAAUUAUUAAUUUUCAAUAUAUAUAUAUAUAUAUGUAUACAUAUUAUAUUACUAGUUCCUCAAAUAAGAGUUGUGAUGAUAACAUGUGCUUUAACGAAAUGUUCAAUUUUUAUAUUUUAUGAUAUAUGGUAUAAGA